AUGGCUGAAGGGAGUGAUGCGAGGGCGUGGGAGGAGCUGAUCCCCGAUGCCCUGGGCCUCAUCUUCCGCAACCUCCCUCUCCAUGAGAUCCUCACCGUUAUUCCUAGGGUCUGCAAAUCGUGGUCGCGGGUAGUGUUGGGCCCCUACUGCUGGCAGGAAAUCGACAUCGACGAGUGGAUCCAGCACUGCAAGCCAGAGCAACUCGAUAAAAUGCUUCACAUGCUCAUAGAUCGCAGCUGUGGCUCCUUCCGCAGGCUCAGUGUUUCCGGCCUCCAUACCGAGUCCAUGUUCACCUUAAUUGCAUACCAAGUAACAGGGAGACGAACUGUUGGUAACAGUCUUCCCUGUAUCUGGAGCAUUUUAUCGAGUGUUUCCGGCCUCCAUACCGAGUCCAUGUUCACCUUAAUUGCAUACCAUGCUGGUUCCCUUCAGAGGUUGGAGCUUCCAAGAAGUGAAAUGAACGAUGCCAUUGUCAAACUUGUUGCACCAAGAUUGUGCAAUUUGACUUACUUGGAUGUCAGCUACUGCUCAAAGAUAGGUGCUUGUGCGAUUGAAGCUGAUGCGGCUGUGGAGCUGGGCCGUGAACUGGUGAAGAAGAGAAUCGAUUUAGUUUAUGGAGGUGGAAGCGUGGGAUUAAUGGGGCUGAUUUCUCAGACAGUUUAUGAUGGUGGAUGCCAUGUUCUUUGGGUGAUUCCUAAAGCUCUUGUUCCAAUUGAGAUUUCAGGGGAAACAGUAGGUGAGGUAAAGGUAGUUUCUAAUAUGCAUGAGAGAAAAGCUGUGAUGGCUGGACAAGCUGAUGCAUUCAUUGCACUUCCUGGAGGAUAUGGAACAAUGGAAGAGGUGAUGGAGAUGAUAACAUGGUCACAACUUGGAAUUCAUAAUAAACCAGUUGGUUUGUUAAAUGUUGAUGGCUACUACAAUUCCUUGCUCGAACUAUUUGACAAUGGUGUGAGAGAAGGUUUUAUUAAGCCGACUUCUAGGCACAUCGUUAUUUCUUCUCCGAAUGCAACUGAAUUGCUUGCGAAAAUGGAGCUAUACACUCCCUUGCACCAAGAGGUUGUUCCGAGGCAGAGCUGGGAGGUUGUGAAUUUAUGACUAUAUCUAGGGAU